UAAGAGUGUCGGCUGUGGUCACGCAGAAGAUGCCGCUUCACUUCUCCACAAAAUCCUCUCAUUCAGUGUUUCCCUGUGGCUCUGCCAUGUCCUCUGCUCCGCUCCACAACCUCCGUCCGAUAACACGAGCACCACGCUUGCUAAUCUGAACUCCUCCGUGUCGUGCUGCUGGAGUAACGCCGAAAACUUUUCCUUCAUCGGGAGUGACAGCGUCAUAUCACGUUGGGCGUCUACACUUGAUUUCCAGUGUUGUCGUUGUCUGACUUCGACUGCUGGUGUCACCUGUGUGGGAGCUUCGGGUUUCACUGGCGCCACAGCGGGUUACUCUUCAACAUGCGGACCUGGCGGCGGCGGAAUAACUUUCUCAUCCUUGCCGUCAUCUGGUGCUUGUCGUCGGCGACUGCAAGCGCUGACGCCACGGCCUCCAACUCUCUGGAGGCUUCUCUUCCAAAGCAAACUCCACUCCCUGCUGACUCAAGUGCAGCGGAACGUUAUGGAACCACUGUUCCUCUGCUGCUGAAAGGAACGGCCCGCCACCCCCUCAGCCAACUCAAACCUGGGAGUUUCCCUGAGUCACUCCGCUUGCUGCUCGAGGCCGAGGGCGAACAGCUGGUUCUUUUACUGGAAAAGAACAAGAGUCUUUUUGCGAGCCAUUUCACUGAGACCCAUUACAGAGAGGACGGGAGUGCAGUCACCGGCGCUCACAACUUCACGACCAACUGUUACUACCACGGGGAGGUGCAGGAGCGGUCCAACUCAGACGUCACCUUAAGUGCCUGCGCAGGACUCCGAGGCUUCAUCUCACUGGAAAACAAGACGUUCAUCAUCGAGCCAAAGUCCGGUGACAGCAAUGGUGUCCAUUUAAUCUUCUCCGUGGAGGAGCUGAGACUGCCCUCAGGAUCCUGCGGCCACGGUUUCAACAUGUCUUCCGUCCCCCCUGAAAACCUCUUCAAAAGGCCGUUCCAGUCCUUCCACACCAGGCACAAAAGGCACGCACAAAAAACAACCAAAUACGUGGAGCUGAUUAUUGUUGCCGACAACAGAGAGUUCCAGAAACAAGGAAAGGAUGUGGAGAAGGUGAAGCAAAGGCUUGCGGAGAUUGCAAAUUACGUGGAUAAGUUCUACCGAGCCUUGAACAUCAGAGUAGCGCUGGUGGGGCUGGAGGUGUGGAGCGACUCGGACAAAUGUCCCAUCACUCAGGAUCCUUUCGCCACCCUGCAUGAGUUCCUGGACUGGCGAAAAGUCAAACUGUUGCCCCAAAAACCUCAUGACAACGCCCAGCUGAUAAGUGGGGUUUACUUCCAAGGCACCACCAUCGGAAUGGCGCCAAUAAUGAGCAUGUGCACCGUGGAGCAGUCUGGCGGUAUCGUCAUGGAUCACUCGGAGAACCCUCUGGGCGCCGCAGUGACGUUAGCGCACGAGUUGGGACACAACUUCGGGAUGAAUCACGACACACCGGAGCGUGGCUGUGGCUGCCGGAUGACAGUAGACAGAGGAGGAUGCAUCAUGACUCCCUCCACUGGGUAUCCCUUCCCCACAGUCUUCAGCACCUGCAGUAAGAAGGACCUGGCUGCCAGUCUGGAGAAGGGUGUGGGGAUGUGCCUGUACAACAUGCCCGAGGUGAAAGUGCUGUACGGAGGUCAGAAGUGUGGAAAUGGUUACGUGGAGGAAGGAGAGGAGUGCGACUGUGGCGAGCUCGAGGAAUGUAUGAAUCCGUGCUGCAACGCCACCACAUGCAUGCUGAAGGGCGACGCGGUGUGCGCCCAUGGCCAGUGUUGUGAGGACUGCCAGCUCAAGCUUGCCGGCACCAUGUGCCGAGAGUCUGGCAACUCCUGCGACCUGCCAGAGUUCUGCACCGGCACCAGUCCCCACUGCCCGGCCAACGUCUACCUGCACGACGGUCACGCCUGCCAUCACGUGGACGGCUACUGCUACAACGGCAUCUGUCAGACCCACGAGCAGCAGUGCAUCACCCUGUGGGGAGCAGGAGCCACGCCUGCCCCUGGGAUCUGCUUCCAGAGAGUCAACUCUGCCGGGGAUCCGUACGGGAACUGUGGAAAAGAUUCCAAAGGCUCUUUUGCCAAAUGUGACGCAAGUGACGCAAAAUGUGGCAAGAUUCAGUGUCAAGGCGGCGCCAACCGCCCAGUGAUCGGAACCAACGCCGUCUCCAUUGAAACUAACAUCCCUCUACAAGAGGGCGGGCGCAUCCUCUGUCGGGGAACUCAUGUUUACCUCGGGGACGACAUGCCGGACCCCGGACUGGUCCUGGCUGGAACCAAGUGUGGAGCUGGAAUGGUGUGUUUAAACCGCCAGUGCCAGAACGUCAGUGUUUUUGGUGUGCACGAGUGCUCCGGAAAGUGCAACGGCCGUGGGGUGUGCAACAACAAGAAGAACUGUCACUGCGAGGCUCACUGGGCUCCGCCGUUCUGUGAGAGCGCAGGAUUUGGGGGAAGCAUCGACAGCGGACCCAUGAGACUGGCAGCCGACAGCGUGGUCAUCACCGUGGUGGUCCUGGUCACCCUGAUCAGCCUGCUGCUGGUCACCGCCGGGGUCUUUCUCAAGAGGAAGACUCUGCUGCGCCUCCUGUUCGCCGACAGGAAGAGCACGCUGGAGAAACUCAGAUCCAUGGAGGCCUGCAGACCAACCAGUCCGAUCCAGUCACAGUCCAUGUUCAGGUCUUCACCUCAACGCAAAGCACCAUCCAAACCUGCUGCAGCUAAUAUUUAUAAGCCGUCUUUCCUGAGGGCGGAGCCGCUCCUUCCACCUCACAACUUCCACACCCACAGCCUGCGCAGGCUUCCGCUCUACCAGCCGCUGCAGAUCAGCCACCCCAUGCCGGUGUCCCUGAGCGUGGGUCAGUCCACUUUACCGCCUCUGCCUGCCAAGCUGAGGCUGCUGCCGCCCUGCUCCACCCUCCCGCCACAGAGGGUGCCGCCCUUCCUCAGCCUGCCGCGCCAGCCGUCGUCCUUCCGCAUGGAAGAGGACUUUGAGAAGCCCAGUCCCCCACAGAAGCCCCUUCCUGCCGACCCAUUAGGCCGGAGAACUCGAGUGAACCGCCGAGGAGCCGUCAUGGGAGCCCACUGCAGCGGAACCCUUCCUCUCCCCAUUCCGAUUCCCACCGUACCCCGCCCCCCGCCCUCCAUCCCCGUGCCCAACAGACCGGUGCCGGUGCUGCCGUACAGACCACCAAAGAAGGAGUGCUGACCCCUCCCAUGACAAGUACCUGACCACUAGAGGGAGACAUGGAAUUGCACUUUUCUCUCCAAGACUUUUUUUGUUGAGAAUCAGUGUUGAAGAGGGCCACCGUCCGUCCUGGUGCUGUCGCCCCCCACAGGUGCUGUGUGGACCCUUCUCAGGUACCAAAGGACCUAUUUAUCUAUUUAACUCUUUUACUUCGUCUCUGGAACUCAAUGCUGAGACAGUUGCUGUUUUUGAUGACCAAAAUGUUUUUAAAGAGGAAGGGAAAUGGAGCACAAGCAAGUGGUGGGAAUCCAGUGCUUUUAUUUUGCUUUCUUCUGGUGCUGUUUUUAUGUUUGGGCUGCUUGAGCGACCACUUUCUGACAUGGUGCUCUCACUCACUUGACUGUUUUUAUUUACAAAAUGUUGUGCUGCCCUUUCAUGUUUCUAAAGUCAUAUAAUGUCGUCAAAAGUUUUCUCCUUUGUGCAAAAAAUAAUCGUGUCACUUUUGACGUUAUAAUUUAUCUGAACAAAAUCUGUCAUUUUAAACAGCACAUACGCAACAGAUCGCGUUAGUUGUACCACACUUCCCCCUGCCGGCCAAUUUCAGUCAUUACAUUCAAAAGAGGCGUAUUUAAAGAUGGUUCACUCCUCUGUGUUUUCGCUGAGUCUGUGUGAGCAAACGUGUGUCAGAUUUGUGUGAGACCAAAGUAUGGAGUCCACGAGUGCAACAAGGUGUGUGUUUGUAAACCCUGAAUGAACAUUGUGUGACAUAAAUGUACAGUAUUUGUUGAAAUUUUAAUUUUGAAAGUGUAAAUAUUGUUCUGUGGAACCUCAUUCUUUCUUUUUUGUUUGUUUUUG